AUGCGUCUGCAAAACGCCGCGGAUGCCCUCCGCUGCAAGACCUUCCCCAUGUUUCUCAAGGGUAAGGCUCGGCUCUGGUUUCAGGGCCUGGCACCGGGGUCUAUUCAGAGUUUCACCGAGCUGGCCAGACAGUUUGCCGCCCAGUUCGUUUCCUCGAAGACCUACUCGAAGAACGCGGCCCACCUGAUGGCCGUUAAGCAGAAGCCGGAUGAGUCCCUGAAGAACUUCAUGACGCGCUUCAACACAGAGAGCCUGCAGAUCAGGGAUAAGGACGAAAAGGUGGUCAUGGCCGCCUUCAUGAACGGGUUGAGGGUAGAGGAUCUCUACUACAAGCUUGUCGAACAACCUCCCAAGAACCUGGGAGAGCUCUUGACCCGGGCUCACGCCGCCGCCAAUGCAGAGGAGGCCGGCCGCCUGAAACGGGAAUCAGAUCGGGAGUUCGGGGACAGGAAAGGACGGGCAAACCCUCCUGAAUCCAAGGACGGCCAAGUCAAGAAGAACGUCUUCGACCGUCUCUCCAAGGAUAGGGCACCAGCUCCGCCGCCCCUCCCAGAGAAGACCUACACCCCUCUGACACGGCCCAGAGCCCAGAUCUUGGCCGUUAUGGAGGCGGAGGGGCUGGGAGAUCGGCCGACCAAGAUGGGGACGCCCCGGAACAAAAGAAACCAGGAUCGGUACUGCGCCUUCCACCGCGACGUCGGGCACGACACGGAGGGGUGCUGGGCCCUGCGCAAGGAGAUCGAGGACCUGAUCCAGCGCGGUUUUCUAGGGGGGUUCGUGCGCCGACCAGGUCAGGGGCUUGGACGCAACCACUACGGAGAUAGGCACGAGGGACGGAGGCGCGACCGCCCGGAGCGGCGCGACGCCCCUCGGGACUGCUCUCCCGACCGGGACACCCAGAACCUGGCAGGGGUGAUAAACACCAUCGCCGGAGGCCCCACGGGGGGGGACAGUCAUGCGGCUCGGAAGAACAAGCGACCUCCCCCCGAGGGGGACGACUCCUUGAAGCGCUUGCGCAUGGACGAGGAAAUUACCUUUGGACCCAGGGAUGCAGUCCCCCUGACCGCAGGGAACCACGAAGCCAUCGUGAUAGACAUCGUCACCAACAACUACCGGGUGAGGAAGGUGUACGUCGACCAGGGUAGCGCGGUUGACAUUAUGUUCUAUAGGGUGUUCAAGGAGCUCGGACUAAGGGACGACCAGCUGACCCCGGUCCGGACGCCUUUGGUGGGCUUCACCGGACCACCCAUCAGCUCGGAGGGAAUGAUCACCCUGAUGGUCACAGUAGGACAGGCCCCCAGGUGCCGGACCAUCCUCGUUGAUUUCGUGGUGGUCAAGCAGUCGUCCCCGUACAAUGUGUUCUUGGGGAGACCCGCCUUGAACGCCCUCCGGGCUAUCUCCUCUACUUUCCACCUCAGCAUUAAGUUCCCCACCCCUGGGGGAAUAGCCGAGGUGCGGGGCGACCCAGCGGUAGCCAGGGCAUGUUACCUGGCCACGCUUCGGGGGCAGGAGAAGGUGGUCGCCCAGACAACCUGUUUGGAACCCUACAUCCCAGGGGAUGAGGCCCAGCAGCUGGGUACCCAAGAUGAGGUGGAGGAGUUCCCCUUAAGGGAGGAUCGGCCCGAUCAGGUUCUCCGCAUUGGAGCCCUGUUACCCGCCAAGGAGAAGGAGGGUUUGAAAGCUCUAUUGAGGGAAUACUCCCAGGUCUUCGCCUGGUCGGUGGACGACAUGCCUGGGAUUCCAACGGAUCUGGCAGUCCACCACCUUGGCGUGGAUCUUCACUUCAAGCCGGUAAAGCAGAAGAAAAGGAGCUUCGCUCCCGAGAGGAAUGAAGUGAUCAAGGCAGAGGUCGGCAAGUUACUGGAGUCGAGGAUCAUCAUGGAGGUCCACUACCCGACCUGGUUGGCCAAUCCUGUCCUAGUCAAAAAGGAGGAUCAGACCUGGAGGAUGUGCGUGGAUUUCACGGACCUUAACAAGGCCUGCCCAAAGGACUGCUUUCCCCUGCCAAGGAUCGACAGGUUAGUAGAUUCUACCGUGGGUUUUGACGUUUUGUGCUUUCUGGAUGCCUUUAAGGGAUAUCACCAGAUAGAAAUGGCUGAGGAAGAUCGAGAUAAGACCUCCUUCAUCACCGAGGAGGGGACCUACUGUUACCGAACCAUGCCAUUCGGCUUGAAGAACGCGGGGGCUACCUACCAGCGCCUGGUCAACAAGCUGUUCCAAGGCCAGAUCGGUAAAAGCAUGGAGGUCUAUGUGGACGACAUGAUAGUUAAAAGCCGGGUUGAUCAGCGCCUUUUACCCGACCUAAAGGAGGUUCUGGAAAUCCUGCUGGAGAGCCGGAUGCGCCUAAAUCCGAAGAAGUGCACCUUUGGGGUCAGGUCGGGGAGGUUCCUCGGUUUUCUGGUAUCCCGAGAUGGAAUCCGGGCCAACCCGGACAAAUUACAGGCCAUUAUGGACAUGGUCCCUCCGAGGAACGUGAAGGAAGUCCAACGACUCACAGGGAGGAUGGCUGCCCUGAGCAGGUUCCUCUCGCGCUCCGCGGUCAGGGGGCUGCCCUUCUUCCGCGUACUGAAAGCGCCUAAGGAUUUUCGUUGGACAGAGGAGUGUCAAAAAGCCUUCACCGACCUGAAGGCUUACCUGGCUGAGCUGCCUACUUUGACCGCCCCUGAACAAGGUGAGGCUCUGUUCCUGUACCUGUCCACUUGCAACGAGGCCGUCAGUGCGGUCUUGGUACGGGAGGACGCGGGGACUCAAAGACCGGUGUACUACGUCAGCCGAGCAUUACAAGGGCCAGAGACGCGAUACAGCCCGGCCGAGAAGCUGGUUCUGGCCUUAGUGCACGCUGCUCGCAAACUCCGGCCUUACUUCCAAACUCACAGCAUCGCAGUCUUGACCAACCAGCCCUUGCGCCAGAUACUAACUAAGCCCGAGUUCUCGGGCAGGAUGACCAAAUGGGCCGUCGAGCUGGCCGAACACGACCUCAGUUAUCGGCCCCGUACCGCGAUUAAGGCUCAGGCCUUGGCGGACUUCCUGGCCGAAGGAGCUAGCCUGACCCCGGCGGAACUAGUCCCAACACCCCCGGACACCCCGGAAGGGGAGCCGUGGGUGUUGUUCGUGGACGGCGCCUCGAGCAAGGAGGGCAGCGGGGCUGGCCUGCUGCUCACCUCGCCCACAGGGGAAGAACUGACUUAUGCGCUCAGGUUUGAUUUCCCCGCGUCCAACAACGAGGCAGAGUACGAGGCCUUGUUGACGGGGUUGCGGAUAGCCCUCCAGAUGGGCAUCACCGCGAUCCGGGUCCGAAGCGACUCUCAGCUCGUCGUCCUCCAGAUCCGUGGGGAGUAUGAGGCCAAGGACGAGGUAAUGAAGAAAUACCUGGCUAAGGUACGAGAGGCGGUAGCCCUGUUCGAGACCUUUGAGAUUGAGCGGGUGCCAAGAUCCCAGAACAAGCGCGCGGACGCCUUAUCCAAACUGGCGUCUUCCUCAUUCGCCCACCUGAGCAAGGAGGUCCUGGUAGAGGUGGUGAAGCAGAAAAGUAUCGACCAGGUCCAGGUCCUGGCGAUAGGCAGCUCGGCCACCUGGAUGACCCCUCUCAUUGACUUCCUCAGCUCGGGUGCCCUCCCCGAGAACAAAACCGAGGCUCGCCGAAUCCAGAUCCGAGCUGCCAAGUACGCCUACGCCGGGGGAGCCCUCUAUAGGAGGUCGUACUUGUCCCCCUGGCUAAAGUGCGUGACGCCCGAGGAAGGUGACUACGUGCUGCGUGAAACCCAUGAAGGUAUAUGUGCGGCGCACGUCGGGUCCCGGGCGUUGGCCAAAAAGUGCCUCCUUUUGGGCUACUAUUGGCCCUCCGUCUUCCGAGACGCAGCAGAUCUGGUCCAGAAGUGCCGAGCUUGCCAGGUGCACGCUUCGCUGCGCCAUCAGCCAGCUCGGGAGAUGGUCCCCAUCCACAGUCCCUUGGCGCCUUCGCUCAGUUGA